AGACCAGCGGAAAUGCUAGCAUAUAGAAGUGAAGCCGGCGCCCAUCAAAUGGUUGACCUCAACAUCUGAUCGACCAUCUCAUCCCAUUCACCUUUGGUUUUUUUCUUUUCAACUUUGCUCAAAAGAAAUGUCUCGCAAAUCAUCACUUGAGCACCAUGAGUUUGACCUCAAGGCGUCUCAUGACCAUAUCGAAGAAGCACCGGCCGUCACUCAGAUCGAGACCUUCCGUGUCCUAGGCUUGAGCCCUGAGGAUGCCGACUUCUACAUCAACUACCCACAGGAGAAGAGGAAGAAGGUCGUUCACAAGGUCGACAUCAGACUAGUUCCGAUGCUAGCUCUCUUGUAUCUCAUAUGCCACAUCGAUCGUGCGAAUAUUGGCAAUGCCAAGAUUGAAGGAAUGGAUAAGGAUCUGGGGAUGACUGGUGUACAGUACAAUACUGUGACAGCAAUCUUCUUCAUCCCCUACGUCUUAUUCGAGGUCCCCAGUAAUAUCCUACUCAAGAAGUUCAAGCGUCCGUCAACCUAUCUCGGAAUCAUCACGACAGCAUGGGGUAUCAUCAUGACGUGUACUGGUGUGGUCCAGAACUAUGGAAGUUUGAUGGCUACUCGUGUCUUGCUUGGUAUAUUCGAAGCUGGGUUCUUUCCCGCUGCCAUCUACCUAUGCUCGUACUGGUAUAUGCCCAAGGACCUUGCUACUCGCAUUUCCUACUUUUACUGCGCCAGUGCGCUUUCUGGCGCCUUCUCCGGACUUCUGGCAGCAGCCAUUGCUGAGAUGGACGGCGUUGCCGGCCUGGAAGGUUGGCGCUGGAUCUUUAUUCUGGAAGGAAUUGCCACCGUGCUUAUUGGUAUCGUCUCCUUCUUCCUUCUCAUUGACUCGCCCGCCUUGUCUACCAAGUGGCUUGAGCCCGAGGAGAUUCGAUACCUUGAGCUCUCCAUGUUCAUCAAGCAGGGUGGUAGAUUCCGUGAUGAGCACCACUUCCGUUGGAAAGACCUCAAGAUGGUAUUGAUGAAUGGGAGGAUCUACAUCCAAGCCUACUUCCUAUUUGUUCAGUCUUGUCUGUCUUAUGGAACCAAGUUUACGCUUCCCACCAUUACUCAGGCGAUGGGGUUCACCGGUAGCUCGGCACAACUCAUGUCUGCCCCUCCGUAUGUCGCAGCAGCCAUCUCGGCCAUCACCUUUGCCAAGAUCUCCGACCGCUUCUACUGGCGGAUGCCCUUCGUGAUCGUGCCCAUGCUCAUCGUCUGUGUGGGAUACUCCAUCUUCCUCGGCCUGGAUGGCGCCCUAUCGGCGCAGCGCGGGCUGGCGUAUUUCGCCGCUAUUGUCGUCUGCGUCGGCAUCUAUCCUAUCCAGCCCGCGGCGGCAUCCUGGAACGCGAACAACGUGGCACCAGACUCCAGGAGAGCCAUUGCCAUCGCGCUCAACAACUGCGUCGGCAACAUCGGCGGCAUUCUCGGCAGCUACAUGUACAUCGACGCCGAGAAGCCAAAGUACCACACUGGCUUCGGCCUCGGACUGGCGUUGGGUGCGACUGGAAUGAUUGCCGCCUUCAUCCUCGAGUGGAGCUACAAGAGAGGAAAUGCCAAGAAGGAAAUAAUCACCGAGGAGGAAGUGAGGGUCAAGUAUAGCGAAGCUGAGUUGAUGGAUUUGGGAGACUCGUCGCCGCUGUUCAAAUACGUACUGUGAGCUUUUGAUGGCACAACAAUUGUAUAUGGUUAGUUUCGGCUGUUAGUUUCGGCUGGAAUGCUCGCCUCUGCCUGUUCUGCUGCGACGUAUGUUAAGUAGUACAUCUCCGUUACCUUGCUUCUUUUCAAUCAGACUGUGCUGUGGGAUAACUAUAUCCAUUGCUCAGCUUUCCAGAUAAACAGUCCGUACAGAUUGGAGCCAUGAAGGUAUACGAGAACUUCAAACAUGAUUUUAUUGAAUG